CUCACUCUGAAGGAAACAGUCUCGAGCCCCACCUGCGCGUAGGACGAAGCCAAGAAGGGGCUGGCUGUUAUCACCGCACAGAAGCACAGAGUAACACUAACCGACGUUGAUGUCAUUGUUAACGGAAGACAUCUGGGCUUUGUCUAAUCUAUGCUAUGAGGUGAAUGAAUCAAACCAUGGAAGGCGUGAAGAAUAACCGAGAGGCACAGGGUAAAUUAACUCAUUGGAUCCGGAUAGAGGCAACGUUCAGUCAGCGUGGAUAAUGCGCAUUUGCUGCAGGCUCUACUGUCAUCACUACAGUGUGACCGGAUCUCGACCGGCGACGGAUGGGUUGAUUCCCGCCGCGCCGAGGAGGUGGUCCCAGCCUCCGGCACGGGCCGCCGCUCCCGGGGUGGGCCCCCAUCCCGAGGUGGGUCCCCAUCCCUGGUCCCGUUAACCGUAGGGCUAACGGGAGGGCGUGUGCCAGGGGAAAGCAAAGAGAGAACAUGCAGACGGAGGUGCCAGUAGCCCUACCGCCGGAGAUAGGAGAGGAGACAAUAGCGGACGGGGCAGGGAGAGCGGAGACAAUAGCGGACGGGGAAGGGAGAGACGAGACCACAGCAGACGGGAAUGGGAGAGAGGAGACCACAGCAGACGGGAAUGGGAGAGAGGAGACCACAACAGACGGGAAUGGGAGAGAGGAGACCACAACAGACGGGAAUGGGAGAGAGGAGACCACAGCAGACGGGAAUGGGAGAGAGGAGACCACAACAGACGGGAAUGGGAGAGAGGAGACCACAACAGACGGGAAUGGGAGAGAGGAGACCACAGCAGACGGGAAUGGGAGAGAGGAGACCACAGCAGACGGGAAUGGGAGAGAGGAGACCACAGCAGACGGGAAUGGGAGAGAGGAGACCACAACAGACGGGAAUGGGAGAGAGGAGACCAUAGCGGACGGGAAUGGGAGAGAGGAGACCAUAGCGGACGGGAAUGGGAGAGAGGAGCAGCGUCCCCUCCAGAAGUCCUAUGCCGCCUCUCUGUGUCGUGAGUCUCACUGGAAGUGCCUCCUCUUGACUCUUCUCAUGUACGGGUGUUUCGCCAUGCUGGGUUGGUGUGCAGUGUGCCGUGUGCCUGUCCUGGGCUCCGGGGAGCACGUGGUCGUCUCGGCUACGGCUGCCACUACCGCCGCCUCCUCUGGCUUGCCUCAACUACACCUUGACAGCCCAUGUUCCAGUGGUUAUGUGUAUAUUCCUCUAGCCUUCCUAGCUAUGCUGUAUGUGGUGUAUCUAGUGGAAUGCUGGCACUGUUACUCCAAGACCGCCAUUUUGGCUCAAGCGGAGACUGCAGAGGUGUAUGAGCGUGUCACAAAGCUCCAGCAGGCCACUCCCUGUAUCUGGUGGAAGGCCAUCAGUUACCACUACGUCAGACGGACCAGACAGGUGACCAGGUAUCGCAACGGAGACGCUUAUACCACCACACAGGUGUACCAUGAGAGGGUUAACACCCACGCCUCCAGCUCUGAGUUUGACUACGGUCGCCACCGGGUUAAAGACGUCUCCAAAGAGCUCCAGGGACUUCAGGAGCAUCCAGCUGUCAGGCUCCGCUUCACCAAGUGUUUCAGUUUCGCCAGCGCCCGUGCGGAGGCUGCAUACCUCACCCAGCGAGCACACUUCUUCGGAGACAACGAGGGUCUGGACGAUUACAUGGAAGCGCGAGAGGGGAUGCAUCUAAAGAACGUGGAUUUCCGGGAGCAUAUCCUGGCGUUCCCGGACCCGACCCGGCAACCGUGGUAUUCGACCCGGGUCUUCUGGUUAGCUUCAGUGUUCCUCUUCUCCUGGCCGCUCCGGGUCGUGUCGGAGUACCGCACGGCGUACGUACACUACCACGUGGAGAAACUGUUCGGAGAGGAGACGAUCCGUGAGGACGGAGGAGCGACGGAAGAGGGCGCCAACGGCGGGUCGAGCUACAGAGCGAUAUCGCGGGUGAACACGGUGGACAUGACGGAGCUGGAGUGGCAUAUUCGCUGUAAUCAACAAAUGGUUCCUUCGUUCGAAGCUCUUCUCAUGGACUUGGAGAGAGAGAAGCUGCCCCCGGUGCCGGAGAACCACGUCCAGCUCCAGCCUACCGUCAGGCUAAGGGCACCGACAGGGAAUCAAGCUCUGCUGAACGGCACCGUGGCUGCGAUGAGGGUGAACGGCGUAGGGGUGGCGGGGGAGGGCAGGGGAGGAGGAGGAGGAGGAGGAGGGAGGUUAGUGUUGAGUCGUAGUGGGUUCUCUCUAGGAGACUAG